CGCUUGGAGCUUGUCAAAAGUCGGUAGGCGCUUUUGGAAAUAAACGUCCAAGAGUUACAUAAGAGUUAAUAUUUAUUUUCCAAAAAGAAAAGAAAGAUAACAUUAAAAGAAUGCCAGGUGGUAUUGUAAGACGGGCAACAUUUGCGAUGAGUUGAUUUUGGUUCCCCGAGGCACAGUUUGGCUGUGUCCCGGGGGUGGUUAGAACUCGUGUCGGAUUCUCUGGCGGAUCUACACCCGAUCCAACAUACAGAAGGAUUGGGGACCAUGCAGAGACGAUAGACAUUGAGUUCAACCCGCACAAAACCAAUUUUGAGACCUUGCUUAACCUGUUCUGGAAAUGGCACGACCCGACCUCCAGCCACAGUAGACAGUACAUGUCGGCCAUCUUUUAUCACGAUGAAACACAGCAGAAACUUGCAGAAAAAACAAAAAUAGAGCACCAAAAACAUAUAGCUCGCCCAAUUGUCACAGUUAUGCAGAAGGCUGGACCUUUCUACAAUGCUGAAGACUACCACCAGAAAUAUAUACUACGUCGCCAUUCUAAGGUGUUGGACCGUCUUGACCUUACAGAUGAAGAGCUUAUCACAUCAAAAGCUGCUUGUAGAUUAAAUGGUUAUCUCUGUGGGUAUGGUACAGAAGAGGACUUCUUGAAGGAAGUUGAUGACCUUGACCUCAAAGAAUCUAUAGUGGGAUAUGUGCAGCAACAGAUAAGGAAGAAUAAAAGACACUAGUUACUGAAUAGCUAUGCAAAUUACUAAAAUCUCAGUGAAAUAUUUGUUGUUGAUUUUUUCAUUACUAUUUUAAUAUGCAUUUGAGCGGUAUAUCUGAUUGGCUUUUAGAAGAAAUUUAAGAAACACUAUGAAUUAAUAUUGGCAAGAUUUAGGUAUUAAUUUAAAUAACACUGAAUAAUUAAUGAGUAUGAAUUUAUUAUUCGAUUUAUAAAAGAUUGAUGAAAUUGUACGUGGCUGGUCUCCUGAAAAAUGUAUUAUCACUAAUUGCAAGUUAUAAGUGGAUAAAUUAGAAGUAAAAGUGGAAAGCAGCAUUUUCUCCAUUGCUCAAGCUUAUUGUGAGAUAUAGAUAUCAAAGGUCAAUAGCUGCACUGAAAAAUGUUUCUGACAUAAAACUUGGAAGAAAAAAACAACAGCAACAAAAAAACACCAACAUUUUUCCUUACCAUUGUCUUUCAUUUCCUUGUAUUUUCUAUAUUUGUAUAUUUCUUUUUGAAUUACAACACACUUUCAAUGUAAAAGAUGUUGGGUUUUUUUGUACAGAAUUUAUCAGAAAUCUUUCAGUCUGUUAUGUUUUUCAAGAAUUUAUCAAUUUUAGAACAAUUUGUUUGGCAGGUUAAUGCUUUAAUUGCAUGUUUUAUUGCAUAUUUUCAUAUAAAAAAUCUUUCAGUUUACCAACUUCAAUGCGAAAUAAUUAUUCCUAUUUGGACAGACCUUACCUUGUCCUGAAAGGAUGAGAGAGAGAGAGAAAAGACUGAUCUUAUUUUAUUGACAAUUCAUCAUUAACUGUCAAAACAAAAUCAUGGAAAAUUGUGCUUUCACAUUAUUUGUAACUGUUAUUUUGUUGUGAGUGGGUUUUUCUUUCAUCAGAUUUUUUUUGUAAAAAUACCAUACGGGGUAUCUUGUUCUUACAUGGAAUGAUAAUUUUUUUAUAAUAAUUUACUAUCUCAAAAUAGUUGAACUUAUGAAGGUGGUAAAUGAAACUUUACUAUUUUAUUGCUGGAAACUUUUUCAUCUCUUAUUUUGAGAUAGUUGAUUGCUUUGUUAAAUUGUUGUUCAUUGUUUGUUAAAUUGAUAUAAAUUCAGAAUUUUUACUCUUGCCCUGUUAUUAAAUAAAAAGAAAUUGAAAUUAUA